AUUGAGCAGGAUUAAUUAACCCCUAAAUGCCCAUUGCAGAGGGAGGGGGAGUGGGAAUUUGGGAUGUCCCUCCUGUAUUUACAGUGUCCCAUCUCUGCACAGGCCACGGGCCAAGCUGCCAGAUCCACGAGGACAAUUGUCAUUGCUGGUGUCCCAGCUGGCCUCCUGCAGGAUGAUGUCAUGGCUGACAUCCUCACCAUCCACUUCCAAAUGUCCAGGAAUAACGGUGGGGAUGUGGAAGAGGUCACGUAUCCCACACGGAACAAAGGAGUUGCCUACAUCACCUUCGAGGAUCCAGGAGUUGUGGAGAGUGUUCUGAAGAAGGAUCAGCAUCUCCUGAAGGACAAGAGGCUGUCCAGGCUCUACCCCCUGGCCGUGAGCCGCUACAGCCAACACGCUUUCCUGUGUGUCACCUCCACCCUCAGCGUGGCUGUGUUCAGACAUCGAUUUGUUUUGGAGGAUUUGGUGGAAGAGAUGAGAAAGCAGAGCCCGGAUUUGAAUUUUGGACCUUUGCAGCCUGAUGGGAGAAUUGCUGUGCAAGGAUCCUUCCCAGCACUCAGAGCACUGAGAGAAUUCCUCUUGUUAAAGGCAAAAUCCUUCCCAGAGGAGGACAAAAAAGAAGGAAAAUCCCAUCAGAGACCGAGGAGGAAGCUGCAGGAGCACAGAGGUGCCGUGCAGAUGACGAAUUCCACCCGGGAUGCACAGAGGGAAAAACAAGUGCUGAUUCUGGACACGGAUAUUUAUCACUACAUGAGGUUCUUUCAUCCCAAAACACUCCAGGCAAACGAUGUCGUCAUUUCUGGUGUCACUGAAGGUGACAUCACCACGGUGUGCAUUGAGAGUGCUGCUGGCAGGAGAGCUGCUGCUGCACAGGGAUUAAGGGCCAAGAAAACGAUUGAGGAUUUCUCUGUAGAACUCCAGAAAAUUCUAAGGAAGGAGAGGAUCUGCUUGAAGGAGCACAGCAGGGAGGAGAGGCAGAGGUACAGGCAGCUCUGUGAGAGGCUAAAACCCCGUUACCCUGCCCUGCUGCUCACUCCUUGUGACACCCACGUUGAUGUCGUGGGGACUCCUGCAGAUGUUUUGGCCUUCACAGAGGAUGUGAAGAGGCACUCCAGGUAGGAGUGAGCGUUCCUGUGGUUUGUUCUUCCCUGCACAGCUCCCUCUGUGC